AUGGAGAGACCUGCCGCCGCCACCCCUCAGAGUGCUCGUCUUCGCAGCCAAGCAAAGGAAAUGAUUUACAACGUAAAUCGAUAUUUCUUGGAUGAGAAAGCCAACCGAGGACCUUUACUGCCAGUCACGCAAGCUCUUGCUCGGACAGCCAGUGCCACUAAAGUAAGCCAAAGUACAGUUAAAAGAAUUUGCUCAAAACUAAACCAGCAAUGGGAGACAGAAGAUGAACAUCAAAAGCCUGUGUUCCAUUCACCGAAAAAAACUCAGCCGGCAACAGUGACAAAUUUCGAUGAUUUUGAUCAGUGUGUCCUGAGAAGAACUGUUUUGGAGUUAUAUGAAAGGAAGGAAAUCCCUACAGUUUCCAAAAUCACGGAGAUUCUCCGGGAAAAAAUAUCCUACAAAGGCAGCGUCGAGUCCCUUCGAAAAGUAUUAUUGAAAAUAGGAUUUAAAUUUUCGAAGAUUGAUGGCCGCAAGUUCCUUAUGGAGCGAAGUGAUGUGGCACUGACUCGCACCAGAUUUUUAAGACAAAUGCGGCAGUGCAAACAGUCAUUUGAAAACUAUGUUUACCUUGAUGAAACAUGGGUAAAUCAAAACUACACUGUCGGAAAAUGUUUGAUUGACACCUCUUCUGACAAAGCAACAGGAGUGAACCCGCCUACUGGUAAAGGAAGCAGAUUGAUUAUUGUCCAUGCAGGAACCAAAGAAGGGUUUGUUCCGAAUGCAAGGCACAUUUUCCAGGCGAAAAAUGACGGCGACUACCACAAGCAGAUGAAUGCUACAGUGUUUCAAGAAUGGUUUGAGACUAAGCUGCUCCCAAAUAUCCCCCAGAACUCAGUCAUUGUGAUGGACAAUGCAUCCUAUCAUUCUGUUCAUCUAGAAAGAAACCCAACUACAGCAUGGAGAAAAGAAGCCAUUAAGGAGUGGCUGAUAGCGAAGGAGCACAACCACGGGACGACAUGCUGA